GUGUCUGUUGUCAGCAGUCGGAGAUCACACGCGCGAGAGUGAGGAAGAACAACAAGCCAACUGCAGAUUACUGCCAAAUCUAGAGCAGUACAACUCACAACUCACGGACCCCACAAGAGGCGAAAUCCGAGUGAGCUUUUACAUUUUAAAGAACACAAAGCUCACUGCAUCAUACUCCAUCAUUAGAAGAAGAGAAAAGACGGAAGGAAAUAAGAGCGGGACUUGCGAGUUUCAAGGCAACGCGUCACUCUCUUUGCAAGUUUAGACAAAUACAAAUUAACAAAAUUGAUCAAAUCGCGUUCAAUAUGCCUCGGGUGGUCCCGGAUCAGAGGAGCAAGUUCGAGAACGAGGAGUUCUUCAGGAAACUCAGUCGCGAGUGCGAGAUUAAAUACACCGGUUUCCGCGAUCGGCCGCACGAGGAGAGGCAGGCGCGCUUCCAGAACGCGUGUCGUGACGGCCGCUCAGAGAUAGCUUUUGUGGCGACCGGCACCAACCUCUCGCUGCAGUUCUUCCCAGCCAACCUUCAUGGGGAUCAGCGACAGGCGCCCACCCGAGAAUAUGUGGACUUCGAGCGGGAGACAGGAAAGGUUUAUCUGAAGGCACCUAUGAUCCUGAAUGGAGUGUGUGUGAUCUGGAAAGGCUGGAUUGAUCUUCAGCGUCUGGAUGGGAUGGGUUGUCUGGAAUAUGAUGAUGAGAGGGCACAGCAGGAGGAUGCUCUAGCCCAGGCAGCCUUUGAGGAUGCCCGCAGAAGGACCCGUGAUUUUGAGGACAGGGAUCGCUCGCACCGUGAGGAUAUGGAGCAGAUGCCGAUGGCACAGCUCAGUCAUUUAAUAACUCAGGAGCCCAGGCGACAGCAGGACCCCAGCCCUGGCUCCAACAUGGGCAACACUGAUGAUCACAAGAUGCGCUAGCGGCAUUCACCAAAGUGGGCAGGGAUAGAGUCAUAAGACCUCCAACACCACAGCAAUCUCAUCUCCUGAUGCCUUGUUUAUCACAGGACAGACCAAAGUCCACACCGGUGGGGAUUUUCGAAUGGGAUGUUUGGUGAAGGGGCUGGGUGGGUUGGGCUGGGCUGGUAUUGAUGUGAGUACAUUCGCAUUUGAUUUAGUCCCUCGUUUCUUCUUGGGAUUUUUGCACUAUGUGAUACGUUCAGUUUAAGUCCCCCAUAUCGCCUUUCGGUAUGCAUGGUUUUCCUACUUAUGUUUGCUCUUGUUCCCCCCCGAUAUGCAAGGCAUCUUAUUUUAUCCUAUUGUAAUGAAAUGGCAUUUUUUAAUUAUUUUAUUCGUAUUGUGUGUGAAAGUCAGGAUGUUUACUUUUUGUAUUUUCAUUUCCUCUAUAUAUAAACAUGUCUGUCCUUGUGCUUCGUAGGAGAAACUAGUAAACGUCACUAGGUAGAUUUGUGCAGUAGAGUAGAAUUUUUUUUUAUGUCUAAAAUCAAGAAAGAGGCUGCUGAUGUUGUGAACGAGGAGGUCUUUUCUUCUACCAUCCUUCUCCAUGUGCUCUGUCUUCCACUCUCUUCCUGUAACAGUCAGUUGAAGCAUGCUUUGAACGUGAACUGAGAAGCAGGAAGUGAAUAUUGAGGUCAGUGUUACUCUGAGCGUGCUCUACACAAAAUGAGGCAGAGAUUCGUUUUUUCACCCUACAUCUACUUUUUCUUUCAUUAACGUCAGCGUUUUACCCAUUUAGUUUGUUUUAAACAGUUUUGCUGCUUAAAAUGAAUAAAUUUUUUCAGUCAUUGAAGACAAUUCUCUAAAAUGGAAAACUUUUCACUCCGUCAAAUAUCACACUUUUUUGGACAACUACAUUAUUUCCCUCUCUGUUUUCUUUGGUUUUUAAUGAGAUUUUGACAUUAAAACUCCCUCCAUUCUUAUAAAACCAGGUGAAUUUAUGCAAUUUACAAUAUAUACCAGAUAUGACUUUUUUAACACUCAGAUAGGAGGCGUAAAGAAAAAUUGACAGUAAUAUUUGUAAAUCGUAUAUCUGUCACUUCCAGACAGAUCUAAAAUUCCUGAACUGAAUUUUUACAUCUGCCUCUGUUAUUAUACUGUAUAUGCAAGUAAGUAUAAUCAUAAAACUGGGAUAAAACAUUCUCCACCAGGUCAAAUAGAGGACAUUAGUGUGCCCUUUGGUCAAAGGUCCUGAAAUCUGUUUAAAGGAACACUCCACUAUUUUUGAAAAUAGGCUCAUUUUCCAUCUCCCGU